GAAGGCAGUGAAGCGCGGUCGUUCAGGCGCAAGUCGAGAGAGUCUGGCCCUCAGUGCGCGUCCUUCCGUGUUGCUUGGUCCGUUCGGAACUCCGUCGUGUCAACCGCGAAAAUUUCCGUCAUGGACGCGCCCCGCGGCGUCGUCAACUGCGGGUUCGAGCCCGACGAGGACUUGAACGUCCUGGAAAGUAUUUCGAGGACCGUGUCGCUCAUCCGCCUUCCCGACUUCGGAGGACUGGGCCGAGGCCCCGAACUCCCUUACUUCAGGUCGCAAAGCGUUCCCUCACACGGAAUCAUGGAUAAAAUGAAAGCCGCUGCAGCAGCUGAUGACGAUCGUAGGUCGUCCGACGCUAUGCCGUCGCCGUUGUACCGUCCCGUCGACGACGAUGCACCACAAGUGUCCCAGCGAGCAGCUCUAGCAGCGCGAGCUGACCGCGGCGAGUCGCUGAGACAAGGACAAGUACAAUUCGAAGUCGGGAGCCUGACCGACGUUCGAGAUGAGAACGGGAAGAUCAAGGGGAAGCAUCGCAAAGACAAAUCCCGAAGGGAAGAAGACCCGACUUGGCGCAUCCGAUCGGGUUCUGAGAUCGAGCCGUCAUUCCAGCAGGCCCGGCUGAACCCCACGGAAGCAGACGAAGCCUCGACGCUCGGACACGCCGAUUUGGACGACAUGGCGAGUCAUCGAUACGAUCACGUGAAACAUUCGAGGAGACACCGCAAUUCACACAACUUGGUGCACAUCAGCCGAAAAGAUGGUGCCGAUGUCUUACCGCAGCUCAUGAAGAAGACAAUCGACCACGCCCCACAUGACAUAUUCGUGCAACUUGACGAGUUGUACGUGACACUGUCUGGACAAGAAUGGGAAUGGAAGCAGACUGCUCGUUGGAUCAAAUACGAAGAAAACGUCGAAGAGGGUGGCAAGUGGGGAAAAGCUCACGUGGCAUCCUUGUCUUUCCAUUCGCUGCUGAACCUGCGUAAAUGCUUGGAGCAAGGCGUUGUGCUGCUUGACCUCGAAGCCGACGACAUGACCGGGGUGGUGAAUCGCGUCGUGGAGCAACUGGUCAUCAGCGACCAAAUCCACCCCGAGGACCGCGGAGCAGUGCUGAGAACUCUGCUUCUUCGCCACAAAGCUGUCGACGAUAACGAGGCAUUUUUCAAAAACCUGAACGACAAGGGAGCCUGGCCGAAACUCGUGCCUUCCCUGACGAACCUGGCUGGACAAGAUGGACUUUCCUGUUCUGUUUCGAACAUGAACCCGAACCUUUUGUCUCCAAACGAAGCCACGGGCUAUGUGCGAAGUGGAUCCAUUCGCUUUGGCAGCAUCAGCAGUUACCGUGACGUUGAGAGCGCCGCUGACGCUUUGGGCUCGCAAGGGUUGCGCCACGUGCCCAGCAACAGCAUCCUUAGGAAGAUCCCGGCCGGUUCUGAGGCCACCAUGGUGCUGGUUGGUGCCGUGGACUUCCUCGAGCUGCCGGCCGUGGCUUUCAUCCGACUGGCCAAGGGCACCACGUUCCCCGGCGUGACCGAGGUCCCGAUUCCGACCCGGUUCCUGUUCUUCCUCCUCGGUCCACUGAACACCGAUCUGGAUUAUCACGAAAUCGGCCGAUCGAUUGGUACUCUCAUGUCCAAUCCGGGCUUCAAUGAAGUGGCGUACAAGACGGAGACUCGACGAGAUCUCCUUUGCGCCAUCAACGAAUUUCUGGAUGACAGCAUUGUGCUGCCACCUGGCGAAUGGGAGAGCAAGACCCUCUUGCACAUUGAGGACUUGCAGAUGAAGAGCCGCGAGAUUCGUGAGCGCAAAAAACAGCGCUUGGAGAUGGAGAAGCAACUGGAACGUCAGUCGCUCACUGUUCAAGAUGAGAAGGCUCUGGCUGUGGUGGCGGCUGACGGAAUGCGGCUGUCACUCGGCGGCGACGGCGGUCCUCCCGACGACCCACUCGAACGGACUGGGCACCUGUUUGGCGGCAUGUUCCGCGACAUCAAGCGUCGAUAUCCGAAAUACCUUUCUGACUUGCGUGACGCGCUGAAUCCGGUGUGUCUCGCAACCGCAGUCUUUAUAUAUUUCGCAGCGCUCUCCGGCGCCAUCACUUUUGGCGGUCUUUAUGGGGCUAAAACGGACAACUUGAUUGGGGUAUCUGAAACGUUGAUUGCCACUGCUUUCACUGGUGUGAUGUUCGCCCUCUUCGCUGGACAACCUCUUAUCAUCGUCGGAGCCACGGGACCUGUGCUCCUCUUCGAUCAAUCUCUUUUCAGCUUCUGCGCGUCCCAGGGCAUCGACUUCCUUCCUCUCCGUGUCUGGGUCGGGAUGUGGCUCGGAGUCAUUGGCUUGAUUUUCACCGCCUUCGAAGGAGCUUGUUUCGUACGGUUUUUCACGCGAUUCACUGAGGAAAUCUUCGCCUCACUCGUGUCCUUGCUCUUCAUUUUCGAAAGCUUCUUCAAGCUUUACACGGUGUACAGGGAUCAUCCUUUGCUGGCGGAUUACUGCUUCGUGACGGAAUCCACCAUUGCAACAUUGAUUGCAAACGAAACCGUGAAUGGUACACUGCCAAUGACGACCACCAUGAGUCCUAUGACCACUUUCGCAAGCUCAAACAUAACUCUGUUCGGUUUGGACCGCGUCCGACGUGAAAUUGCGGAUCAAGGAGUGACUGUGGAAGAAGAUGCUUUGCCGAUGAAUGAGCCCAACACUGCACUCAUGUCCACCGUCCUCAUGUUGGGAACCUUCUUCAUUGCCUACUUCCUGCGUCACUUCCGUAAUUCCAAAUUCUUGGGCCGCAGCGCUCGCCGUGCUUUGGGUGAUUUUGGAGUGCCAAUUGCUAUUGUGACAAUGGUCGUUGUUGACUACUUGGUCGAAGACACGUACACGGAGAAGCUCAGCGUUCCCGAGGGUCUCAGCCCAUCCAACUCCAAGGUUCGCGGGUGGCUCAUCUCUCCGUUCGCCGAGAACCUGCCGACCUGGAUGAUUUUUGCUGCAGCUCUUCCGGCCGUCCUCGUCUUCAUUCUUAUCUUCAUGGAAACUCAAAUUUGCCAGCUGAUCAUCAACAAGAAGUGCACGAAGGGAUCAGGACACCACUUGGACAUCGCGCUGUUGUGCUUGUUGAACAUGCUUUGCGCCCUGUUUGGAGCCCCGUGGCAGCCGGCUGCGACCGUUCGUGCAGUCUCGCACGUUUCGGCUCUCACCGUCUGGUCAACCAACCAAGCUCCCGGAGAGAAACCCAAGAUCUUGGAAGUCAAGGAGCAACGAGUCACCAACUUGAUCGUUGCUUUGAUGGUCGGCCUGAGCGUGCUGAUGGCGCCUAUCCUGAAGCAGGUACCACUGGCGGUGCUCUUCGGCGUUUUCCUGUACAUGGGUAUCUCAUCCACGAAUGGCAUCCAAUUCUUCGAGCGACUUCAGCUCCUCACCAUGCCUGUCAAACAUCACCCGCGAGUCAAUUACGUCCGCAAGGUGCGCACGUGGAAGAUGCACAUGUUCACAUUGAUCCAGAUCUUGUGCUUGGUCGUCCUCUGGGUUGUCAAAUCCACCGCAGCUGCACUGGCCUUCCCAUUCGUGCUUCUGCUUAUGAUCCCGAUCAGGAAACUGCUCACCCAGUUCUUCACGCCCAGAGAACUCAUGGCUGUACAAGACCAGCUAUCAGCCUGGGGAUUUGGAUUAGCAGCUAUGUUUUAUGAUGCAAGCACAGCAAAUGACUUCCUGUUGGACAAUGAAGGAGAAAUACGGUGUGAUAAUCCGUACGGCUUGUCGUAUCAAAUGGCCUGUGCCCUUAUUCCACCAGAUGUGAUCAUCAAAGAACCUGAGGUUUUGUUCCUGCAUCAUCGUCAUGUGGAAACAAACUCCAAAGAAUUGCAGCAGGAUCAGGAACAACCGGCCUCAGUCUAG